UGGUUAUUUUUCACGUAGUUUCUAUUGUAUUAUGGCAUCGGCCUUGAAAUAAUGAAUUUGAUUAGCAAGUCAUAUUACGCCUUACCGUAAACUGUCAUUAAAGCAUGGUUGUUCUGAAAGAGAUAGAAAAUCAAAAGAUGUUUUGGGGCGUGACUUUAGAUGGAGGGAAACGUUACACACAGACUGUGGAGAGGUCGUUCCACAUCUCCAUGGCUGCCCUGGAGCCACCAGUCUCUGAAGUGGGUGUUAUGGUCUGUGUGGAUAAGGCAGAGUUCCUCCUCUGUUCCCUUGGAUACGGAAACGUUCUUCAGCAGCCACUGGAUCUAAUGUUUACUGAAGGAGAAGAGGUCACCUUCUUUUUGCUUGGAAAUGGUGUGGUCCACUUGACUGGUUACCUUGUGGAGGACCAGCCAGAAGACAUGGACAUGGAUAUGGAAGGAAUGUAUGACGACUCAGAUGAAGCUCCAGAACUUGUUGGCGACUCAGAGGAUGAUUCUGAAGAUGAUGAGGACUCAUCUGCCCUUGUUAAAUCAAAAGGAACAAAACGCAAAUUGAAAGACUCUGGAAAAUUAAGCAAGAAAGUGAAACUGGCUGAUUUGGACAGUGAUGAGGAUGAUGAUGAAGAUGAUGAGGACUAUGAAGAAGACAUGUCUGCCCUUGAUUUCCUGGAUGAAGCAUCUGAGGAUGAGGAAGAUAGUGACGAUAUGUUUGAGGAUGAUUCAGAAGAUGAUGAAGAAGACAGCGAGGAAGAAGAAGAGGAGGAAGUCGUGAAGAAAAAGACUCCAAAUAAAAAAGCUGACAAGUCACUAGAUAAAAAGAGGGCAGCCAACAACAGUCCAGCCCAGAAUAAGAACACACCCAAUGCCAAGGGUAAGCAACAGGUUGCUAAAGGCGGUGAGCAGACCCCUGGCAAAGGGAAACAAACUCCAGGCAAAGGGCAGCAAACUCCAGGCAAAGGGCAGCAAACUCCAGGCAAGGGCCAGCAAACUCCCGGAGGAGGGAAGACUCCACAAAAUGCUGAAACACCAAACACUGAAGGAAAAAAGAAGAAAAAAAAGAAGAAGAACAAAAACAAGGGGGACGACUCAGUUAAUGAGGCCUCCACCCCUAAACCAGAGUCCACCACCCCAUCCAAACGCGUCAUGGCCGGCGGGGUUGUUAUGGAAGAAACAAAGGCUGGUCACGGACCAGAGGCCAAAUCAGGGAAAAUGGUGAGUGUGUAUUAUGUGGGAAAGCUUGCGAAUAAUGGAAAACAGUUUGAUUCCUGUAUGCAAGGGAAACCUUUCCGGUUCCGAUUGGGAAAGAACGAAGUUAUCAAAGGAUGGGACACCGGCGUGCAAGGAAUGAAAGUAGGAGGAAAAAGAAGGCUGACCAUUCCUGCUCAACAAGCAUACGGAAAUGUGAAAGUGGGACACAUACCUGCCAACUCUACCCUGGUGUUUGAUGUGGAACUGAAGGCGGUCAGCUAGAUCUACAGGAAAUUUACAAUGCCAUUGGAGGGAGGGGGGGACUGUGAGGUUGUAGGAAACAUCUGAUCCAGUCGUUCAUUGUAGGACUGAUUGUUUAUAACUUGAUGGACAUUGGAUGAUCAUACUGUGUGAGAGGGCCACAGUGUUGGAAUGGACCUGUUGCAAGACUGUGUGGGAUAAAGGAGAUCUGCUGUGUGUGUAUAAAGUCAACCAGAAUCGUGUUCAUUGUCAUUAUGAUUUUAAUGUUCUAAUGUGUAGGACGUUUUGGAAGUGUUUUAUUGCGAGACCAGUUAUGGCAUGACAAAUAUCAUGAUUAAUUCUGUUACUGAUUUAAUGUUAAAUGUGUCUUAUACUAUGUACAUGUGAUGUUGAUAUGCAUUUGUUACAAAAUAUUGAUGAACUGUGUAUUGUACAUGUAUGCUCUUAUACUGUUAUAGUCAACUGGUUCUUCAAAUCAUGAAUUUCCUUGUUAAAAUUCUUGUUUAUCUUUGCUUAAAAUGUCACAUUUAUGUACAUGUACUAUGAUCAUUCAUGUUUUUUUUUAUGAAAAUAAAACAUGUCAAUUUUUAACAAUA